AUGGCAAGAAAAUACAUGGAGCGAAGAUUUUCAAAGUCACACCGUACAACAAUACCUUCAAGUUUCAAAGUUCCUGAGCCGUUCGAAUUCUAUAAUAAAGCAACUCCAUUUGUACAAAGAACUUUACUAUUCGUUGCCGACGAAAACUCAGGACCUAAAACCUCUGCAGUAGAACAUAACACGCAAGAAAUAACUGAACAAGAUGCAUCUGAAGCUAGUACAUCGAAAGCAAGCGAUGAACAAGAAAAAUCGCCUAAAAAGAAUUCAUUUUUUUUCUCCCCCUCGAAAAGUUACAAGAUUCAUGGGCGAAGCUUUUUCCGGCUUCAAACGAGCCCUAAGAAAAAGACCGAAAAUGACGUAACAACCGAGAGCAAGACAGCAGCUGGAGGGUUGAUUAGCUAUGCCCCUGGCUGGUCCCUUAAAGGAGAACAUCUCAUGAAAUGGCAAGCUUCCGGGAAGACAACUAUUGAGGUAAAUAAUAUGAUAAUUUUAAUAUAA